UCCGAUCGUCCUGUUCUAAAGUGUUGCAAGUUGUAACUAGCUUCAUCCUGUGCCGCGCUGAAGAACAUGGCGAAUAAACUCUUGCCCUUGUCCCUGUUCCUCGUCCUGCUUGGUCUGUCGUCCAACUUGGCCUCCGGGCAAAUCCUGUUUCAGGGUUUCAACUGGGAGUCGUGGAAGCAGAAUGGGGGAUGGUACAACCUGCUGAAGGGCAAGGUGAACGACAUCGCCGCCGCCGGCGUCACCCACGUCUGGCUCCCUCCGCCGUCGCAGUCCGUCGGCGAACAAGGGUACAUGCCGGGGCGGCUGUACGACCUGGACGCGUCCAAGUACGGCAACGCGGCGCAGCUCAAGGCCCUGAUCGGCGCGUUCCACGACAAGGGCGUCAAGGUGAUCGCCGACAUCGUCAUCAACCACCGCACGGCGGAGCACAAGGACGGCAGGGGGAUCUACUGCCUCUUCGAGGGCGGCACCCCGGACGCCCGCCUCGACUGGGGCGCCCACAUGAUCUGCCGCGACGACAAGCCCUACGCCGACGGCACGGGCAACCCGGACACGGGCGCCGACUUCGGCGGCGCGCCCGACAUCGACCACCUCAACACGCGCGUCCAGGAGGAGCUCACGGCCUGGCUCAACUGGCUCAAGACCGACAUCGGCUUCGACGCCUGGCGGCUCGACUUCGCCAAGGGAUACUCGGCCGACGUGGCCAAGGUGUACAUCGAGAAGACGGAGCCGGAUCUCGCCGUGGCCGAGGUGUGGACGCCGCUGGCCUACGGCGGGGACGGCAAGCCGGAUGCCGACCAGGACGCGCACCGGCAGGAGCUGGUGAACUGGGUGGACAAGGCCGGGGGUGCCGCCGGGCGCGCCACGGCGUUCGACUUCACCACCAAGGGCAUCCUGAACGUGGCCGUCGACGGCGAGCUGUGGCGGAUGCGCGCCGCGGACGGCAAGGCGCCCGGCAUGAUCGGCUGGUGGCCAGCCAAGGCCGUCACCUUCGUCGACAACCACGACACCGGCUCCACGCAGCGCAUGUGGCCGUUCCCCUCCGACAAGGUCAUGCAGGGCUACGCCUACAUCCUCACGCACCCUGGGAGCCCAUGCAUCUUCUAUGACCAUUUCUUCGACUGGGGGCUGAAGGAGGAGAUCGAGCACCUGGUGGCCAUCAGGACCAAGCAGGGGAUCCACAAGGACAGCAAGCUGCGGAUCAUCGAGGCCGACGCCGACCUUUACCUGGCCGAGGUCGACGGCAAGGUCAUCACCAAGCUCGGGUCUAGAUUCGACGUCGGGCACCUCAUCCCGGAAGGCUUCCAGGUGGUCGCGCACGGCAAGGACUACAGCGUCUGGGCGAAGAAAUGAGCAGAAAUACUGGAUGGUUAUUUGUUUAUUUUCUCUGUUUCGUCCACAUGGUACUACGUACGGGGAGGGAAAUCCCUUGACGUGAGUUGCCUAUGUACGGUUUAGUACUUCAUCCGUUAGAAUGAUGAUCAGGGACAUGCGUUUCUAUUUUUGAUGAAUAACAAUCGAUGAAUGUUCUCUCUUU